CCCUAUAUAUGCAUUGCCAGUAAAAGGAAUUAAACAAAUAACUAACACAAUUGGAAAGAAUGCUCUCAAACGCUCUGAACGAAAACCCUCUCACGGCGCCGACCCUGUUCCCUUCGGAUCGGCCGCCGGACACUGCUAUCUCCAUUGGUGACCCCUCUCCCUGCUCCAAUCUUGAAAAGGCGAUCAUCUCCGACACUGACAUGAUUGUCGAGUCACCUGAGGCACAGCCACAACCGACUCCAGUUCCGGAGAUCUCUCUCGCCGCCCAGAUACCUCAGUCGGGCGAUCCCCUGCCUCUAAUCUCAUAUGCUGCAGCGGUUACGUGGCUUAAAAGCCCUAUCGCUUCACAACCGGCGACUAACCUCUGGACCCCGGUGGGCGAGAACGAUCUCAUCCCGGGGGAGCAGAAUGGAGAACCGGCACUGAAAAUCUCGACGGAGUUCAAGAAUCGGAUAUGUGCACCAUGGCAAAGAGCUCUCGUCGUAAGGCUUCUGUAGCGUCCCGGAGUGAUAGUGGAUCAAGUCUUGGCGAUUAAGUAUCAACUAUUGGAAAUUGAAGAGAUGAGUAGAGGGGUUUGAGAAGAGAAGUGAGAAUUGAAGAAGAAGAUUAGAAGAAGGGGAAGAACAGAGACAAAGCAGAGGAAGGGAAGAAGUAGGGAAACAGUUCUGGUAAAUUCUUAUUCGAUAACCAGUUCAGUACACAGCUUACCUAUUUAUAUGACUUGCUCAAUUACAAAGCUGUCCCCAAACUUAUACAUUUUACCAUUCACUCCUAAUCGUUACAAUCCCGACCCCUUGAAAACAGCCUUGUCCUCAAGGCUAGAGAACAAAAGGAGACAACAUAAACCAAAGCAAUGCGA